AUGGCCGGUGGCAGUCCAGCAGCCAAGAAGGUAGUGGUGUACCGGAAUGGGGACCCCUUCUCCCCAGGCCGCCAGCUGGUGGUGACUCAACGCCGCUUCCCCACCCUGGAGACCUUCCUCUGUGAGGUGACAUCGGCUGUGCGGGCCCCAGUGGCUGUGCGUGCUCUCUACACCCCUUGUCAUGGCCACCCUGUCACCGACCUGGCAGACCUGCAGAACGGAGGGCUGUAUGUGGCUGCUGGUUUCGAACAUUUCCACAAGCUCCCCUAUUUACCCCCUGGAGGGAAGGAUCCAGGUGGGAAGAGCAGCAGACUGGCAGGUCUUCCCAUGACUCAGGAGCUGUGUGAUGGGGCCCUUGGACGGCAGCUACCUGCAGGUUCCCCCUGCUACAUCCAUGUGUUCAGGAAUGGGGACCUGUUAAGUCCUCCGUUCAGCCUGAAGCUGUCCCAGGCCGCCAGCAAGGACUGGGAAGCAGUGUUGAAGCUCCUGACAGAGAAGGUGAAAUUACAGACCGGGGUUGUGCGCAAGCUCUACACCCUGGAUGGGCUCCCACUGUCAGCAAGGGAGGCUCUGGUGAGCGGCCAUUACUAUGUGGCCGUUGGAGAGGAUGAGUUCAAGGCCCUCCCCUAUCUGGAGCUGCUGGUGCCCAGUCCCUCGCUGCCCAGGGGCUGCUGGCAUCCCCCAGGUCCAAAGUCCAGGUCCCACAAGCAGGUGGUAGCGUUCCCCCUGCAGGGCCACAGGGCACAGGCAAGCCAGUCCUCUCCAGACGGAGCCAGACAAAUGGCGCCAUCCGCUUUCUGUGCCAGACCCCAGCGAGCUACUGACCCAAGAGGCAUGCGCCCCACGCUCUCAUUUCCACCAGGAACCAAGGGAGUGUAUGGGGCUCCCCACCCAAGGAAGGAGACGGCAGGGGCCCAGGAAGUAGCAGAUGAUGAAGACACCCAGACAGAAGAGCCCUGGGAUCAGCCGACAGCACAGAUAGUGGAAGAGGCCCUGUUCCUGGAAAAACAGCCUGAGGCUGGGGCAGCUAUCUCAGCCUGA